CGCUCCAUUAUUUUGGCAGGAAGGAUUGUGUCAUUGUGAUGAUUGGUGAUGAUCGCGCGAAUCUGUUUAUCUCGUGAAACAAACAAGUAGAAUCUGAAAGUUAUAUAUUUUAAACGUGCGAAUAAAGUCGACGCAGUGUGUUUUAAUGUACGUAUUAUUAUGGAACCGACAAAUCAGUGCCACUGCUGCCUGCAGCGGCCUUCGGCGAAAGAUUUGAGGACGCCGUACACUCGUCACGGCAUUACGGAGAUAUACUCGUUCAUGAUUGAAGAAUGCUUCGUGAUCAAACUGGCAUCAAGCAAUGAGGAGCAGAGUGGCAUCUGCGGGGAGUGUGAGAGGCGCCUGCGGGAGGCGAGCUCCUUCAAGAUGCAGGUGCAGCGCUGCCAGGCCGAGCUGCGUCAGAGGCUCCAGGCAGCACUGAGAGCCAAAGAGGAGAAAGCCUUGGAUGAACACCUUGAAGAUGACAUGAGCAGCGAUGUUCCCGAGCCUUCUUUGCCUCCGGGCGAGAAGAGCCCCGCCCCGCCUUGUAAAGAGGAGCCGCCAGACGAAUAUCUGUCACCUCCAGACGAGGGCCCGCCUUGUAAAGAGGAGCCGCGAGACGGAUUUUUGUCACCUGGCCAGUACGAAGUUGAUAGAGCACCUCUGACCUCGCGAGCUGUUCAGCAGCUCACGCUAGGGUGCUCCGUGAAGCUCGAGCGCCUACGCGACUCACCGCGUGCGAGCCCGCCGUGCCCCGUGACGUCACUCCGCGAGAGCUCGCCGUGCCCCGUGACGUCACACCGCGAGAGCCCGCCGUGCCCCGUGACGUCACACCGCGAGAGCGACGAACAAGCCUACACACACGAUACUCGCCCCACACACGACACUAGUUUGAACACACACAAACAGGAAAAUAUCACACGCACACCAGUAACGAAUACCGAAGUCUACUGUUGCGACAUGUGCGCUCACCUAUGCACGUCAAAACUUACUCUAAUCCGCCAUAUCAGAACACAUACUCACCCGGAGGGAAGGCACACCUGCGGAGCUUGUAAAGAAACAUUUCCUAGUGUCUUGUCACUGAAGAAGCAUCUAAGGUUGCACUCUACAGACAAACCCUACGUUUGUAAAGAAUGCAAUAAGCGAUUUUCAACUGAAAAAGAUCUGGAUUCACAUAAAAGAAAGAAAUGUAACAGAAAAUUCACUCGAAAAGUAUCGGUAGGUCGCCGUGAAAAUAAACGUAGUGUGAUGAAAUCAUGCCAAUGUAAAGUAUGUAACAAAGAAUUUACUCGUAAAAGUUCUUUAGUUGUCCAUGAAAGAAUCCAUAGUGGAAUAAAACCGUACAAAUGUAAAGUAUGUACCAAAGAAUUCACUUGUAAACAAUAUUUAGUUGGCCAUGAAAGAAUCCAUAGUGGAAUAAAACCGUACAAAUGUAAAGAAUGUAACAAAGAAUUCACUUUUAGAAGGCGGUUAGUGGUCCAUGAAAGAAUCCAUAGUGGAAUAAAACCAUACAAAUGUAAAGAAUGUAACAAAGAAUUUAGAGAAAAAUCUAAAUUAGUUGUCCAUAAAAGAAUCCAUAGUGGAAUAAAACCAUACAAAUGUAAAGAAUGUAACAAAGAAUUUAGAGAAAAAUCUAUAUUUGUUGCCCAUGAAAGAAUCCAUAGUGGAAUAAAACCAUACAAAUGUAAAGUAUGUAACAAAGAAUUUAUAACAAAAUCUAAAUUAGUUAUCCAUGAAAGAAUCCAUAGUGGAAUAAAACCAUACAAAUGUAAAGUAUGUAACAAACAAUUCAAUUAUAAAGAUUCUUUAGUUGUCCAUGAAAGAAUCCAUAGUGGAAUAAAACCAUACAAAUGUAAAGAAUGUAACAAAGAAUUUACAGCAAAAUCUAAAUUAGUUGUCCAUGAAAGAACCCAUAGUGGAAUAAAACCAUACAAAUGUAAAGAAUGUAACAAAGAAUUUACAGCAAAAUCUAAAUUAGUUAUCCAUGAAAGAAUCCAUAGUGGAAUAAAACCAUACAAAUGUAAAGUAUGUAACAAACAAUUCAAUUAUAAAGAUUCUUUAGUUGUCCAUGAAAGAAUCCAUAGUGGAAUAAAACCAUACCAAUGUAAAGUAUGUAACAAACAAUUCACUUAUAAAAAUUCUUUAGUUGUCCAUGAAAGAAUCCAUAGUGGAAUAAAACCAUACAAAUGUAAAGAAUGUAACAAAGAAUUUAGAGAAAAAUCUAUAUUUGUUGCUCAUGAAAGAAUCCAUAGUGGAAUAAAACCAUACAAAUGUAAAGAAUGUAACAAAGAAUUUAGAGAUAAAUCUAUAUUUGUUGCCCAUGAAAGAAUCCAUAGUGGAAUUAAACCGUACAAAUGUGAAGAAUGUAACAAAGAAUUCACUUGUAAACAAUAUUUAGUUAGCCACGAAAGAAUCCAUAGUGGAAUAAAACCGUACAAAUGUAAAGAAUGUAACAAAGAAUUCACUUUUAGAAGGCGGUUAGUGGUCCAUGAAAGAAUCCAUAGUGGAAUAAAACCAUACAAAUGUAAAGAAUGUAACAAAGAAUUUAGAGCAAAAUCUAAAUUAGUUGUCCAUGAAAGAAUCCAUAUUGGAAUAAAACCAUACAAAUGUAAAGAAUGUAACAAAGAAUUUAGAGAAAAAUCUAUAUUUGUUGCCCAUGAAAGAAUCCAUAGUGGAAUAAAACCAUACAAAUGUAAAGCAUGUAACAAAGAAUUUAGAAAAAAAUCUAUAUUUGUUGCCCAUGAAAGAAUCCAUAGUGGAAUUAAACCGUACAAAUGUAAAGAAUGUAACAAAGAAUUCACUUGUAAACAAUAUUUAGUUAGCCACGAAAGAAUCCAUAGUGGUAUAAAACCAUACAAAUGUAAAGAAUGUAACAAAGAAUUUAAAGAAAAAUCUAAAUUUGUUGCCCAUGAAAGAAUCCAUAGUGGAAUAAAACCGUACAAAUGUAAAGAAUGUAACAAAGAAUUUAAAGAAAAAUCUAAAUUUGUUGUCCAUGAAAGAAUCCACAGUGGAAUAAAACCGUACAAAUGUAAAGAAUGUAACAAACAAUUCACUUGUAAAAAAUAUUUAGUUAGCCACGAAAGAAUCCAUAGUGGUAUAAAACCAUAUAAAUGUAAAGAAUGUAACAAAGAAUUUAGAGAAAAAUCUAUAUUUGUUGCCCAUGAAAGAAUCCAUAGUGGAAUUAAACCGUACAAAUGUAAAGAAUGUAACAAAGAAUUUAAAGAAAAAUCUAAAUUAGUUGUCCAUGAAAGAAUCCAUAGUGGAAUAAAACCGUACAAAUGUAAAGAAUGUAACAAAGAAUUCACUUGUAAAAAAUAUUUAGUUAGCCACGAAAGAAUCCACAGUGAAAUACAACCACACAAAUGUAAAGAAUGUAACAAAGGUAUCAGUUGUAAUUGUCAUUUACUUUCCCAAGAAAAAAUCCACAGUGACCAUACAUAUGCAAAAAAAUCAUUUAUUUAUUUAUUUAUUUAGGGUCACCAAUAGAAAUUACAUAAAAUAGGCAAAAUAGUAGUACAGCAAGAGAAAAAAAAAAAAAAAAAAAAGCUUAAUAUGCAACAUCAUUUAAACAUGUUUUUAAACAUAAAAAUCACAUUAACAUUCAUUAAUUUAAAGUUAGAUGUUGGCCCAAUCAGGCCCACUAGCACCCACCACUUAACUCAGGGUUAGUGGGCUGUCAUCUGUCAAAUUCCAUAUAAAAUG